AUGUCAGGGGAAAUCCCAAUUACAGAAACCAAAAAUUCUUCAGAAGAGUUAACUCUUCAAAUUGCAAAUCUAGUUCGAAAUUCAGAAAAUGUCAUUCUGGGAUUCAAACUAGAUGGGAACAAUUAUCCCUUAUGGUCUCGUCUUAUGAAAGUAGCCAUCGGGAGCAGGGGAAAAUCCAGCCAUAUUACUUGGCAACCACCACCACCACAAGAAACCGAUUCUGACUACUACAAGUGGGAAGAAUCAGAUUUGUCAGUUUUCUCAUGGCUCAUACAAAACAUGGAAGGAAAAUUAGUUACUAAUUUCGCACAACAUCAAACAGCGAAGGCUGUAUGGGACAGCCUAUCGGUGACUUACGGGAGUGGAGCCGAUCCGUUUCAGCUCUACGACUUAGAAGUAAAAGCCAACAAAGUAAACCAGGGUCAACUUACUUUGGAGGAUUACUGGAAUGAGCUUCAAAGAAUUUGGCUCACCAUCGACCGGAGGGAACCGAAUCCUCUCGGCUGCUGUGAGAAAGGAAUCAACAAAUAUAGGGAACUUAUCGCCAAUCGCCGCCUGUACCAAUUCCUCUCCGGAUUGGAUACCAAAUAUGCUGCAAUUAGAAGAGACAUCCUCAAAGAGACGCCCAUUCCCUCAGCCGAAUCGGCGUUCUCAAAAGUUAGACGAGAGGCCGCCCGGCUACAGAUCUUACAACCGGCAACCAACUCCACCGAAAAUACCGGCUCAUCAUCGGGAGAAAUAGGGGCUGGACUCGCUUUCUCCCGCUACCAAUCUGGAACACAAGGCCGACCACCACACGCUGCCGGCACCACCGGCGGCAGAGGUCCCGGCAUAUCAUCAUCAAAAACAAAAGACAAAUCCAAGCUUGUUUGCACUCACUAUGGACUGACGAGGCACACCAAGGAGGGAUGUUUUCGCCUCAUAGGCUAUCCCGAAUGGUGGGAAGCAAAAGGGAAGGCAACGGCCGGCGGUGAUGGCCGAGGAACCGCCGGAUCGGCGGUAGCAGUGGGUAGUGGCGAGAAUUCCGAGAGAGGAGGGGAAGAAAAUGCGACCGGUUACCCGACUGCCGGCGGCUCCGUCAGCGUAGAUGGCAGAGAUGGCCGAAGAUACAACAAUUCGGCUGUUACCGGCGCCUUUGCCGGCGUUAAUGGCCGAACAACCGAGAAUUUUCAUGAAGGCGGAACCAAGGGAGAGAAAGUGGCGUGGGGAAUCGGUCAAAUGGAGGAAAAGGAGUGGAAAUCGGUCAAAGGGAGGCAAGAGGCGCAUGAUUUAGGUAUAGGGUUUGAUGAUUUUUCAUCAAACCCUCCCAUUUUUACCUUAUCUCAUUUUAAGUCCCCUAUUUUCAGUAAAUUACAAAAGAAACCCCAUUCUUUUGAGUCUAGUCCCUCAAGUUUAUGGAAAUCCCAAAAUGAACCCCAUGUUAUUAAAAACAGCCCAACAGUUAUGCCCAACUCAAUUUUUGACCCUAAACUAUCUGAAAAUUCGAAAAUAACCCCUACUGCAUGUCAAGUGUCAAAUAAACAAGUCAGUAGAAAAACAAAUUGGAUUUUUGAUUGUGGGGCUACAGACACUAUGACUUUUGACAAAUCAGAUAUACUUGAGUCAUCAAAAUCCUUUAGAACUCAUGUACAAACUGCUAAUGGUGACUUAACUCAAGUAGUCGGAGCCGGAACUAUAGAAAUCUCCCCAACCUUGCGAUUAUCCAAUUGUCUAUAUGUUCCGUCCCUAUCUCAUAAGUUGUUGUCAAUUAGUCAUGUUACUAAAGAACUCAAUUGUACCAUGCUGAUGCAUCCUCACUUCUGUUUUCUUCAGGAUAUCAGGACGGGGGAGAUUAUUGGGCGUGGUACUGAGAAAAAUGGACUGUACUAUGUGGAUGAGAUUGCUCAAAAAGGCAAUGUGAUGCUGGCUCACGGAACUGCAAACCGGGAUGCUUGGCUUUGGCAUCGUCGGUUAGGACAUCCUUCCACGGGAUACCUUAAACUUUUAUUUCCAAAGUUAAUCCAAAAUGAUACUCUUUCUUGUGAGACUUGUAUCUUAGCUAAGAGUCAUAGACAAUCUUUCAAAUCAAAUGAUACACAAAUGAACUCUAUUUUUUCUUUAGUACAUUCUGACGUUUGGGGUCCUUCACCCGUGGUCGGGGGACAAGGUUUUAAAUAUUUUCUGUUAUUUAUUGAUGAUUGCACUAGGAUGACAUGGGUAUAUUUUUUAAAACACAAAUCUGAAGUUUUUGAAAAAUUUACUCAUUUUCAUACUAUGGUUCAAACUCAGUUUCAGAAAAAUAUUCAAACCCUUAGAACUGAUAAUGGGGGGGAAUUUGUUAAUAAUUCCAUGAAAACAUUUUGUCACAAAAAAGGGAUUAUUCAUCAAACUACUUGUCCCCACACUCCUGAACAAAAUGGAGUUGCCGAAAGAAAAAAACGAAUUUUACUUGAAAUGACUCGUUCUAUGAUGAUUGAGUCUCAUGUUCCCUCCUCGUUUUGGCCUGAGGCCGUGGCAACCUCGGUUUACCUUGUCAACCGUCUCCCUACUAGGACUCUUCAACUUAAAACCCCAUUACAAAAAUUGUCUACCCUGGCCUUCAUACCUCUUGCCCUUACACUUCAACCACGGGUCUUUGGGUGCUCUGUUUUCGUUCAUAUUCCUAAACAUGAACGCACCAAACUCUCUCCUUGUGCAAUCAAGUGUGUGUUUGUAGGAUAUGGGAUUAAUCAAAAAGGAUAUAGGUGUUAUAAUUCCAAAACCCGUCAAAUCAUCACCACCAUGAAUUGUGAUUUCCUUGAAACUGAAUAUUUUUACAAUAACCACCUUACCAGUCAGGGGGGAGAGUGA